AUGGCUUUCUCUCCAAAAUCUUUGGCAACACUUCCAGUCGAGUUGCUCUAUGAAAUUCACUUCUUCGCCUUGUCGGAACACCUGCCACUCACCUGCAAACACCUCUAUGCGGUCUACAGGCAUGCACCACACUCAGUCCACGCAACAUAUCUCUUCGGUAGACAUCAAGAACUCGACGCAACGAAAUCAUACCACCCCUCCCUCUUGAGCCAUAUCCUCUGCUAUCCCCUCGCCACACAACCCGUCAUCUCGGCCCUCCUAUCCCACCCUCUCAUAACAUCCCACCCUCACCUACUAUCCACACCCCCUGAUCUUCCUCGACGACUAUUCCGCUCGUUGAGCCAGAAAAGGCCAGGAGACUUACCCUUGAAGGAAGGUCACGACCCAUUACCGUUCUUGAAGUUCCUAUAUAGCCACCCGAAGAUCCCGAAACCGAGUACGAACGCGCACGAUGGCUACGCUCUGACGAAGGCUGUUUUGGCGGACUUCGUGCCUCUGAUUGCGUUCCUGCUGGAGCACGGUGCGGAUCCGAGGCUGAAGCGAGCGAUAGCGGUCGAUGUGGCGAUCCAGAUGCACGAUCUCGGGCUAGUAAAGAUGUUGGUCGAACGAGGACACACACCAUCCACGUAUACACCUUCGUCUGUCCCUCGAUCAUCAAGCCCCGGCCGUAGAGCGGGGUGCGACGAGGGUGUUAAUGCGGCCUUGAUGGGUGGGACGCCAGAGAAGGGGGACGAUGAGAACGUGGCGUCGGGCGCGAAGAAACGGAAGAUGGAGGAUAGGGUGAAGGUGACUCCGGCGCUGCUUCAUACGGCGGUCAAGCAUCGUGCUACCCACAUAGCGAAUUGGAUGAUGCACGAGAAGGGUUGCAUGCCCGAAAUGAGCACCCUGAGCUUGACCCUGAGGAGGCUGGAGCAGGAGCUGUGA